AAGCUCACUCUAAUUACUGCGCGCUGUGUAUAUCUCAGUGUAUUUAUUUCAUUCUGUUCAUAAUGUACGUAUUCAUAUAUAUAUUCACUGUCUCUCUAUACAUUACACUGUACAUUACUCUGCAGUUUACUUGCUUUCGGCUCUUCUGUUAGACGCUGAACUGCAUUUCGUUGUUUCAGCGCUUGGAUGUUGUGCAAUAAAAAUAAGGUUGAAUCUAAUCUGAUCUGAGCUGAUCUAAUAAAAAGAAGCUGUUUCUUGUCCAGUCUUAUUUUUUAUUUUUCUAUUAUGGAAGACAUGUAAACAGACAACAAGGGGAAAGAGCUGAACUAAGCUUCUCGGGACAAACUGCUUACACAUAUUUAGGGAGAUCAUGUUUAAUUUCCUGCAGAUUACACUCAACACACUGUGUAAAAGUGGUGUAAUCUUUUGUCAUUUGAUUAAUAAUGUAUUGAUUAUUUUGCUUAGAGGUCAUGUAUCACUGGAUCAGUCCUUCAGCUGGAGGUCCACUUCUCGCUGAGGUGUCCUUCAGCUAUACAAUGAAACCUGUCAGCUGCUCUGAUCAGAGCUGCUGCCCUGUGGUUGACCUCUGACCUCCAACCUCACUCUGAAGAAAGGGAACAUAUGAUGAGAUCAAUAACAGUAUUGGCAUUGUUGUCACUGUCCCAUUUGAGUCCAAAAUCCGUCUUGCAGCCCCUCAGUCCUCCUGCAUGGUUUUCAUUAGAGGUGAACUGAGUCCUGCUCUGUCCUCCUUUGUUUGCAUCCCCACCAACAAGCAGACCACUCAGCGCAUUUUGCAAUCACAACUUUCUCCUCCUCCCUCAGCACAACUUUGGGAAAGUGAAAAAAAAGAAAAACAAGUGUUCCUCUCGCGAUAGUAGCUUGCCUAUGCAGCCGCCAUAUUCUGUGACAGUAUUUUGAUUCGUAUCUGCUGGAAGUGAGGAAAAAGAGAAAAGUGAAGGGCUGUCGAGGGGAGGGGGGGGCUGAAGAAGAGGAGCUGUCAAAAAGGUAUUCCCGAGUCUCUGUCAAACGGCGGACGGCUGAGGCUCGGUAUCCCUCCCCUAACGCUAUUUCGAGGACACACAAGGCCCGGGGCCUCGGUGCAGUUGGCUCUUCGUCUCCCUGGUAGUAGCUGGACCCCUCUCGGCUUCUCCUCUCCGAGCUCCGCGGCCCUCUGGAGGUCCGGCGGCGGUCUCGGGUGUUGAAGGCGGCCCGGGGAGCGGCGGCGGCGGCAGCAGCGGAGACGGAAAGAAAAUGUUCAAGAUGAAGGCGGUUUGCUGCCACGACUGACGCCCCAGUGCGCUGAACAGAACAAGCAGUCCUAACCUGGCAACAUACGAAUGGCCCAGGGAAGCCACCAGAUUGACAUUCAGGUUUUGCAUGACCUGCGCCAGAAGUUCCCUGAAGUACCAGAGGGUGUUGUCUCCCAGUGUGUUCUUCAGAACAACAACAAUUUAGACGCCUGCUGUGAAUACUUGUCCCAGGUCAGUCCGGGUUACCUGUACAGUGAAGAAGGGAACCUCAGCUUUUCCGACGACCCCACCUUCAGGCUCCGUAAUCACAUGACCCAGCUGAACCUGGGCCUGCAGUCUCAGAAUGUGCACGUGGCCCCGGUUCGGGACGGCCUGAGAAUGAACGGCAGCCGGACUCUGGCCCACAGCCUGAGUGACGGGCCCCUCCAGACAGGCCAAGCCCCCAACAGUGACUUCUUUCAGCAGGAGCCCCAGUCAGCCCCAGUGCAGGUGCCUUCCAGCCUCAAUGUAUUUGGUGUGAUGGAGCCCACACGCAAACCGCAGCCUCCACAGCACCUCGGACUCUACCCUCUCAAAGGAACGAGUAUGGGUGCCCAGCAGACACCACGCUUCAACCCCAUUACCGUGACGCUAGCCCCUAACAUGCCGACAGGCCGCAACACCCCCACUUCUUUGCACAUACACGGCGGGCCGCAGUCGGGCCUCAGCAGUCCACAGGGUAACUCUAUCUACAUCAGGCCCUUUGUUAGCCAGUCUGGUACGACCCGGCAGAACCAGCAGCAGGGAGGCAGGCCCCAGUACAGCCCCACGUCCCAGCCCCAGCAGCAGAUCUACCAGAUCUCGCACCCUUCCUCCCUGUCUGGCUCCUGGUCCAGCCCUCAGCACCCCUCCUCACAUACCUCACAGCACCAGACCCCGGGCCACCAGACCUCUCACGUCUACUUGCCGAUCAGCUCCCCCACAAACCCCCAGGCACCCUCCAUUUUUCCCGCUGGAAGCCAGGCUUCUUCCUCCGGUGUCUCCUCAUGCUCCUCCUCCACUUCCUCCUCCUCUGUCAUGCCCACAUCCCUGUCUACCAUCAGUCAGUACAACAUCCAGAACAUCUCCACUGGCCCACGGAAGAAUCAGAUAGAGAUCAAACUUGAAUCUCCUCAGAGGAGCAACUCCACAACCACGACAGCCGUGCUGCGGACAAGCAGUGGGCCCCGGUCCUCCUCCGCCUCCUCCUCCUGCCCCUCCUCUUCUUCCUCUUCAACCGGGGUGGCUACUGUCCCCACCAACCCUCUGUCCAUCGGAGGCCAAGGUCUGAGCCGCAGCCAGCCCACUGUUUACAUCUCUGCCAGCCCGCCUACUGCUGCUACCACUCCCUCUGAGGAGGCCAUCGUGGCCUCAGCCGGCUCCCGCUCCCAACCUAAGUUUUACAUUUCUGCCAAUGCCUCCAGCGACGACAGUGGGGGUAGGAACCCCACAGUCUACAUCUCAGCCAACCCUCCCUUGCAGGGGCCCUCAGGGGCCAGGAACAUGGGGGGUCAAGUGAGCAUGGGUCCCGCCUACAUCCACCACCAUCCUCCUAAGUCCCGUACCUCUGUGGGAGGGGGAGGCACAGCUUCUUCCCCACGAGUGGUGGUGACUCAGCCCAACACCAAAUACACUUUUAAAAUCACGGUGUCCCCCAAUAAGCCCCCAGCUGUGUCCCCCGGAGUCGUGUCCCCUACUUUUGAGCCCAACAACCUCCUCAGCCUACCGUCAGACCACCACUUCGUGGAGCCAGACCCCCUCCAUCUCUCAGACCCGCUGUCGCCACACAGGGAGCGGCCGAUCGAGCCUCGCAGACUCAGCAUGGGCUCUGAUGAUGCAGCGUACACGCAAGCGUUGUUGGUCCAUCAGAAGGCUCGCAUGGAGAGGCUGUGGCACGAGCUGGAGCUGAAGAAGAAGAAGCUGGAGAAGCUAAAAGAGGAGGUCAACGAGAUGGAGAACGACCUGACCAGGAGACGGCUGGAGAGAUCCAACUCUGCCUCCCAAAUUCCUUCUAUCGAGGAAAUGAAGCAGUUGCGAUGCAAAAACAGGUUACUGCAGAUCGACAUUGACUGCCUCACCAAAGAAAUUGAUCUCCUUCAAACAGGACCACACUUUAAUCCCAGUGCAAUCCAUAAUUUUUAUGACAAUAUUGGAUUCCUUGGUCCUGUCCCACCCAAACCCAAAGGUACUUUAUCUAUUGACAGGAGAGGAUGUAGAUAUAAUGUGACCUCUGAGCUCAUGAUGGAGCCUUCCUCUGGUCCUCUCCCUCCUCUCCCACUUGACCCGGGCAAUAAGAUUGUGAAGCCCACCGCAGACCAGGAGGAGGAUGAGGGGACGCAGUGGAACUGCACCGCCUGCACCUUCCUCAACCAUCCCGCCCUCAACCGCUGUGAACAGUGCGAGUUCCCGCGGCACUUCUGAGCCAACGAGGCUGCGAUGCGCCGCCCCCGCCCCCCACCUCCUCCUGCUCUGCCCGUCUGUCUUCAGACUAGAUUAGAAAAGGGCCCUCUCUGUUUCUUCUUCCACCUAGUUGUAUGAAAACUGGGCCGGGUCGUAGUCAUCGUGCAUCAUGCGGCCUGUUUUCCUUGAUUGUUUUUUUUUUCCUCCUCUCCUCUCUAAGGUUUGUAGAAUGCUGUCCACUGAAGGCUUGACUGGAUAGUGUUUACAGCUUGUGUUUUUUUUAAAUUUUCAUAAAGGCUGGCAGAGUCGGAUGAUACCUCACCUUAGAGACUCGGAUCGUGUGGGGUCACCUCCCCCCUUUUUUCUGCUCGACGGGUGACACUUUUUACCCCUGGGGAUACCUCGCUGCUCCCACUUACAGUAUUACGAGUGUGGCCCUGCAGUGUGAUGCCGCACAUACACAUACACACACACCUACACACACACAUAAACACACAUACACAGGUGCCAAUGUGCCUUUUGCUGAUUGAUUUUUUUUUUUGUUGUUUUUCUUCCUCUGUGGUGGCAUGACCGGGGGAUUGGGAACUGUGUGUUCAGCCACUGCUCUCCAUCUGAAGGGAAAACUAACAGACUAAUCGUGGACUUUAAAGUUUGUUUGCUGUUUCUAGAGGACGUCAAAGGGGGAAGCGGAAGUGUCGCUGCCACUCAAACGUGCCUUUUGUCCUCCCCCCUUCAGUAUCCCUCUUCUGUCUCUUCAGUCAUGAGUUAAUGAAAAUAAGUUGCAUGCUUUGUGUACAGUACACGGAGGCAGAAACUCCCCUUGAGCUUUUUACUGUACAUAAUUUUAGAAUGUGCCUUUAAAAGCCUUCUUCCUCACACUAUGAAUCACUUGUAUUUCCUGUAAGUAUAGCUUUAUAGACUUUAUUAACUUUUUUUGUCUUGUUUUGUUUCCCUCUUUCAAACAAAUAAGCACCAUGCUCCCUUUUUUUAAGCUUUUGACUUGAUUUCUGUGAGAGUUGAAGCCUUGCAGAAGAAGAGGAGCAGCGCAGUACAAACCUUUGCAGUCAUCAUGAAGCUACAUCUGCCCGGUCCGUUCAUCGCUUGUGUAAUUGCUGAGUUUCCUGUGUACGAUCUGCAGAUGCAGCAAAGUGGAAGGCGAUGGAGGAGUCUCUUUUUUUUGUUGUUGUUGUUGUUGUUGUUUUUUUUGUUGUUUUUUCCAGGACGCCAAAUAUGUCGGGACUGUCGGGGGAGGGAUUGGGGGGUGGGUGGGGUCAAAAAGCAAAAAUUUACAAACUGCCAUCUUAUCUGACAACUGGAAUGUAGGUUUAAUGUUUGGGGACAACUACACCUCAGUGCAAAGAGACACUCAUUUUCCAGUACAAUCAGGUUGUUACUGCAGAUCGAUGUCAAAGUGCUCCUGGAACAUCUGAUUGGCUUAAACGUUUCCAUGUUGCUGUGCACCUGAAAUUGGGUUUUAUGUGAGGUAUCAAAGUGUUUCUGUUCCUGUAUGUACAAAUAUUCACAUGGAUCCUGUGCCGUCUUUACAACACGGCACAGUUGCAUCUUGGAAGCAGACAAGGCAAAAAAAAAAACCAACAUGUUUUUAGUCAAAUGUAAGCACAACAUGACUGUCCACUUUGUAUACUCUUAUUUUUUAUUUGGCUCAUUUCAUCCUCCCAAGCUUUUACCGAUGAGGGUGUUUCUAAAGUUUACUUAUUGUCAUUAACAUACCUUAACUGUGGAGUAGUUACUCUGUUUUGUUUUGUUUUGUUUUUUUUGUUUUUUUUUCCACAUUUGUGAAAUGUUGCCUUGCAUCAGUGCCUUUUAGAACUAUUGAAUUUGUAUUGAUGAUCUAUACCGUCACGUCCAAGUGCCAUUUUUAAAAACCUAAAAUUUUAGUAUCGUUUCAACCCAUUUAGAGAAGAUGAAUUAUUGUCUCUGAAGCACUUAUGCCAUACUUUUUUCCUUUUUCCAACUCAAAGAAAACCAGUUUUCAGCUUUACCUGCACCUUGGUGUGAAGAGGCAGUUUAUUCAUGUUUUAUUAAAUGGAAAAAAAAUAAUUUGGAUAUCUAAAGUGUUUUUUUGAUUUUAGCUGGGAAAACUGUCUUUGUAACAGAUAAGUUAUUUGUAAAAAUAAUAAAAAAAAAUCUAUUCUGAA